AUGGCUAAAGGUCGGUGUUUUCAGGCGUCUUCCGAGGCCGAUCUAGCUGAAAAUUCGUUAAGACGAUCAACUCGGGUCAGCGCCCUUCAGGCCCAGAAAAAGCUCAAAAAUAAGGACGGAAUGGUUGACUCUCAAGUCGUAAGUUUCUUUUCUUUGAAAAGUUUGAUGAAUUUAGGUACAGAUUGAUAGCAUCGAGGUUAUAAAAGGUUAAUUAGGGUUUAAGAUGGGUUUUCAGUUUUGAAGCUUUAUAGGACAAAGGUUUUGUUAUCUAAAAUAAGGUGUUUCAGAUAUAAGAACCGUAGUGUUUAUGUUUGAUCUAAAGUUUUUAAAAAAUAGUUUGUUUAAAUAAUAAUCUACGUUUUUAAAAGGUUUUUACAAAUUCUUAUAUUUAAAUAAUUAUUUCAUUUAUGAAAUACAGUUAUUGUUAUCUAAAACAACGCUUUUCAGAUCCAAAAUGGUGUAAAUCACACAGAAUUGCCUGAUCUGCCGAUAAAAACGACGGCUGCAGAUGCCGAAGCCUUAGAAUCACCAAAGAAAAAGAAGCGAAAGCUCUCUGGAGCAGGUAACAUGGACCAAUAUGAUUGUGCAUUCGGGAUAAAGGUAGAUGAAGAUGGGGAUGUAGUAGCGAUGACUGAAGACAGUGAAUUGUCAUCUUUGAAUGAGGAGGAGACCAAGCAAGUCAAGGAGAAGUGGGAAGAACAUACGGUAAGGUUUUGAAUACUUUUUUGCUUUUUAGGUAACAGUAUUGAUGUUUCGAAGAUUUUUAGUCUAAAAUAGAGAUUUUGGAAGGAACAUGGACUAAAACUAUAUAAUACACAGGCCGGGGGAUGCAAAAUUUGUUAUAGAAACCGUAAAUAGUUCAUUUUGAGCAAAAAGCCUAAAGCAGAUAUAAAACUUAAUAUAAUAUUGUUUUCAGAGUAAACUGAAAGACUUGAACAAUGAAAAACUAAGAGAACGUGAAGUUCAAGUCAAAGAUCUGGAGGCCUCGUUACGAACUGAAGAAGCUCUUCUGGCUAUGUUGAAGAAGACUAAGCAACUACAGUCAAAGAAGGGACAGGUAAGACAAUGUUUAUUAAUGUCUUAUUAUUUUUAAAAUUUAAAAAGGAAUUUAAAGCAUUAUUAUGUAAUUUUUGAUAAAAUAAUGUAACUCACUAUCUAGUCGACUUAAUACUUAUUCAUUUCUUUUCAGCACGAUCCAAAACUAUUGGCAUCAGUGGCCCAAAACUCAUCUGGAGCUGCUUACAAACCAGCAAUAGCUGCUCCAUCAGCUAAACUGAACGGUGGAGUGUCGAAACAGAACCGACCAAACAAGACACAGAAGAAUGGACAACAAACCAUCACUCCACAACAACAACAAGCUCUUCAGAAGCUGAUCGAGACUAAACAAUUACGUCCAGAGCAUCUACAACAAUUAGCUCAGCUAGCUGGACCUCAAUUCACUCAAAUCAUUGGCCACAUCGCUUCACAGCACCAAAAACAACAAGAAAUGCAACGUGAAAAGGAUGCCGAGCUUCAGAAGAAGGCUGAAGUGGCCCGACGAGAGCAGGAGCGGAAGAGUCAAGCUGCUGCGGCAGCGGCCGCUGCUUUGGAAGCCGAGCGACAGGCCAAGCUAAGUGAACAAACUCAAACCCAGAAGAUCAACGCGGCACGACAACAGUUGCGUCGACAUCUGGAGUCGCAACUUUUGCAACUUCCUGCACCCAAAACACCCGCCAACGAUCUAAAUUUCAUUCCAAAUGCUGCUCAGCCCGAUUUCUGUUACUUGUUAGGGCUGGAUCUUGUUGUUCAGAGGAAUUUGAAGGACAAGACGGUGUUUAAGAAAGUAGAUGUAAACCCAUACCUUUGCGAAGAAUGUGGGACCGACUUUACCCCUAGCUGGAAAGUCAUCUCCGGUGACAAAGGUGAACUUCAUGUGUAUUGUGAACAAUGUGUGAAGAUCGCCACCAAAAGGAAAGUACGAAACGAAAGGACCAGUUUGUACAAAAAGGUCUUCCAGAAGAUUGCCGAGCAAGAAAAGGUUUGUUUUUUGAUAUUUGAUACCUAAAAUAAUAUAUUUUUUAUUACCUAAACUAAUAUAUUUGCAAAAGUUUUAUUACUUUGGAUGUUUUUACCCGCAAUUUCAAUUUCAGGAGUUCGAUCGCCAAAUUUCCUCAGGCAAGUUCAACGAAGCCACUUCCUCCACAGCCACAACCUCAAAUGGCACUUCCACCCCCUCCAAGAACACGGCCAACUUCAAUGCAGCCGCGUUGUCUGGCCUAAGCGGCGCGGCCAAGGCCCUAAACCAAUCUGCCGCCUCGCUAGCUGCCGCAGCCGGCUCCGGAGCCAGUCCCGCUUCGAUGGCAGCCCGCUCUUUCCAAAAUAACAUGCGAAACACGGCGAGCACGACGAAGGACGUGAAGAAACCCAUAUCCACCCCCACCACAACUUCCACGCCCUCAUCGUCGGCCAACCGGAAACGGCCCAACUCCUCGACUAACAACGCACAAAUGCAACAACUACUGACGGCCAUGAUGCAGAACCCCCAGAUGGCACAGCAAAUGCAACACUUCAAUCAGCUCAACAUGUUGAGGAACAACCCGGUCAUGUUGGCGGCGUUGUCGUCGAAUCCACAGAUGUUACAGGUAAGGACUUUGAUGUUUUUUGAAAGGAUAAAGUUAAGAAGGAAGAUAUAGUGAGGGUUUGUUGUUUUAAAACACGCCAUUAUUUUUGCAUAAGAGGAUACUUUUUUUUGAUAUUUUUUAUCAUUUAUAUGAUAAAUAUCAAAAUUUAAAUACCUAUUCUUUCGUUUCAAAUAAAUAUUUUUAAUUUUUAGCAACUAAUGCAACGGACCAGCUCGUCGAACAGCUCGGGCAGCUCCUCCUCCUCCAACAAUAACACCGCCCAAUUAAUGCAACAGUUCCUGACGGCCCAAUACUUGGCCGCCAACCAAUCCGGAUCUCAGUCCUCGUCUUCGUCCAACUCGAAUUCGGCCGCCCUCCAACAUCUCCUCAACUCGAACCAACAACAACUCAUGCGACAGUUGGGCAGCAACAACAACAUCAUGCAGGCACUACAACAAAUGACUGCUGUCAGUCGCAAAAAAUAA